UGGAAAACGCGUGCACGUGAUUAAGCGAGCGCAACUCGACUUGAGUGAUGGUUCUACAUACAAUUUUCCGCCUGACACACUCAUUCACCGUGACUCCACCAACUCACGUCGCGACACCCACCUGCAUACCUACCUCAUACUUGGAUUAGCUCAAGAAACACACUCUCACUCCGACUUGCCCUUCCUCUGUCCAUCACUCGUCCCCGCCGCCACCACCAGAACUUUAACAUGCCACCUUCAAACACUAAGCGCGUCAAGGGAAUCAGUAUCUACCGUCCGAUCGUCUACGGCAACAUCGCGAUCCCGAUCGAUCCCAAUGACCGCCCGCGCGGCAUGCCGGUGGACCACACCCACCAGUGGACCAUCUGCGUCAAGGGCGUCGACGGCGCCGACAUCACGCACUUCAUCAAGAAGGUCCAGUUCCGGCUUCACGCCGAUACCUAUCCGAAUGCGUUACGCUCGUUCGAGCAGCCCCCCUUCGAGGUCUCCGAGAGCGGCUGGGGUGAAUUCGAAAUCCAGAUCAAGCUCUUCUUUCACCCCGAGAGCAACGAGAAGCCGUUGACGCUGUUCCACUAUCUCAAGCUCCACCCGUACAUCGGCGAUCCCGAGGAGCUCGAGCUCGCGCGCCAGCAGCGCAGGCCCGUCAUGAGCUAUCUCUACGACGAGCUGGUCUUCAACGAACCGACUGAGGCGAUGUUUGAAAUCCUUACUACUAAGGGCACCGUUAAGCUCCCGUCGAAGAAUAAGGCGAAGGGACGCGGGGAGUUCGUGGCUGAGACGGAACAGGUCGAGUUGGAUCGGCUGAGCGAGGGAUUGAGGACUGUGCAGAAACAUAUCGAGGAGGCGAAGAACAAGCUUGCUGCGAAAGAGGAGGAGAUCAAGGAGAUGAAGAAGUUGCUGGACAAAUGAUUGCGAUUGUGAUUUAUUGGGGGCGUUUGGCGCAUUGGUAUUGGGAUUUGUUUCAAGGC